AUGAGGCGGAUACCAUAUGCUUCGGCAAUUGGCAGUCUCAUGUAUGCCAUGGUAUGUACCAGACCAGACAUUUGCUACUUAGUAAGGAUUGUCAGUAGAUAUCAGUCCAAUCCUGGACUUGAUCAUUGGUCAGCUGUGAAGAAUAUCUUAAAAUACCUUAGAAGAACUAAGAGUCUCAUGCUCGUUUAUGAAAGUGAUGAUCUGGUUCGAAUCGGAUAUACGGAUUCUGAUUUCCAAUCGGAUCUAGAUGCCAGGAGAUCUACAUCUGGAUAUGUGUUCAAACUCAAUGGAGGGGCAGUUAGUUGGAAGAAUGUAAAGCACAGUAGUACUGCUGACUCAACCAUGGAAGCAGAAUACAUUGCAGCCUCUGAGGCAGCAAAAGAAGUUAUUUGGUUGAGAAACUUUCUAAUUGAACUGGAGGUUAUGAAGCAUAUAGAUCGGCCUAUGACGCUUCAUUGUGAUAAUAGUGCGGCUAUAACCCAAACCAAGGACCCAAAAUUUCAUAAAGGAACAAGACAUAUUCAAAGGAAAUAUCAUGUGGUUCGUGAUAUAGUAAAGCAAGGAGAUAUACUUGUGGCCAAGAUUCACCUUGCUGAUCCAUUCAUAAAGGCUUUACCAAUCAAGAUGUUUGAUCGUCAUAUGGAAAACAUGAGAGUUAGAUGUGAUUCGAAUUAG